CGUAGGUAGAAAAGGAGUUCGGUUCCUCGAGAGCGAGAGAAAGGACCAGGAGAUAGAGAAAGAGGGAAGGCUGGAAGGAAGGAAAGAAGGAGCAAAUGUAUAUAAGCGACUUGCAUGGAAGACGCUCCAAUGGACUCUCUCUUUGACCCUAGUGAAGUGUGCACCUUUCUUUCCGUUUUUUCUUCGUUCUCCUUCCUCCACGAAGUUCCUUCCACGCGCUUUUCUGCACGGUGUCCUUGUUCUCCAACCUUCGUCCGUGAAAACGCUACGGCUUCCGUUCCGCGUUGAUUACGAGCGUGUGUUUACAAAAAUGGAACGUUGAAUUUGCCGUCUCUCGUUGAAUAUUUCGUCCGGUUCUCUGAUCAAUUUUUAUUUCGCGAAUUCCGUAAACGGGUUUCGAACUGAAUAUAUAUAAAAAAAAAAAAGUGCGAGACAGUCCGAGGUUGUUUUUGUGAUAUGUUCUUGAGGGAAACAACCUGAUCGAGUCGGAGAAAGAUGAACGUUCCUCGAGUGUUGUCGAUACUAUUCCUGCUGGUCGUCCUAUGCAGCCCAGCGCGAACAUUAAAAAAUGAUCGAGGAGGACCAUCCAAAUUUGGACCCGGUACAAAUUUCGUUCGACGUCGAAGAAUCGCGUUAAACGAAUUCCUCGUUCCGCCGCCGUUGCCGCGACCUCAUCCAGUGAGAACAGGAAGGGUGGCGAACCCUCAGCCUCCAGAUUCCCCAGGAUACUUUUCCAAAUUCAUGAACUGGUUGAACCCAUUUGGUUACGGUUCACCACCAUCUUCGCCUUCAAAGUCACCUCCAUUCUUACCAACUCCCCAAUCACAUCCACCAUUCAACCUCCACCAUUCCGCCUCGCAACCUGGCUCAUCUUUACAACCUCCACCUGGUCUUCAACCAGGUCCACCCCUGUACCCUUCGCCUGGACCACAACCCAAUCUCCCUCUAUACCCUCCUCUUGGUCCAUCCCUUGGUCCACAUCCUGGUUCGGUUCUCCCACCUCACCCUGAGCAUCCUGUUCUCCCACGCGAUCAUCCCUCUGCUUCUGUACCCAUUUUCAACCCUCCUCCACCGACGUUGCACGGCGCGAGACACUUCCCCUCAGUUCCAAAGAAACAAUGCAAUCCUUGCAACAAGUAUCCUUGGAUCCCGAUGCAGGACAGUGGCCAUCACUCGGGCGCGUACCCUCCUCCACCGCAACACCCCAAUGGCUACCUUCCUCCCCCUAACCAAGAUCAUCACGACGUCCAACACGCGGCUUCGCACCAAGUCAGGAUCCCAGACUUCUCUCACGUGCAGAUUCAUCAAAAUAGUCAACAAGGGGCGACAGGGCCAUCGUCCGACCCUCACUUGUUCUCUGGUCCGAUGCCUCCCCUAUACAAGGCGCAGCCCUUCGAUCGGCCACCUCAGAAUCCUUACACGGAAAACGUGGGAAAUUUGGAACCACCCCCUGUACCUGCGAUUCCUCCGAGUGGACAGGGUCCUCCUGAGAUCAACGGCGAACACUUUAAUAAUCGUGACAAUCACGAUUCGAGGCCCAGUGGGACCCAGUUGAGUCAAGGACACGCGAGUGUCACGGCUCAGAACCAUGGAAACGAGAAUAAAGAGUUGAAUGGUCACAAAGAGUCGUUUGGUACUGGUAUCUUUGAUAAUCGAGCACCUAUUUCUGGGCCAUCUGAGGGCCAGGGAUACCAUAAUCCGUCAGGCCCACAGCAGGAGCAUGGAAUACUGGAUCAACGAGGCAGUCAGAACACCAUCACCAGUUUUGGAGCGUCAGAUUUCGGAAAUCAUGGCUUCACUAGUCAGAACGGCGUAGGAUACCACGGUCCUAAUGGUGAUUUCAAUUAUUUGCCGCCAAAUUUGAAUCUGUCCACUGGCUUCGGAGCGUCUGCUUUCGACGAUCAGGGUAGCAAAAGCUUGAACUAUCAAUAUUCCGAUGAUUUGUCGCCUAGCAGUAGCGUAGUGAAGGACUCUCAUGCGACGACGCAAACAACGUUCGCUAGUAGCCCUUCUACCGAUAAGAGUUCUAUACAUUUCGAAGAGUCGCCAUUGCUGGACCUCACGAAGAAGGGCGACAGUCACACGAAUGAUAAACAGUGGCCAUCGUCCACUGUAACGUACGACGAUGUGGCGAAGACCACUGCUAACUACAAUUUGCAGCCUGGUAAUUCCUUCAUCGAGGAUUCCUCGAGCUUCACCAAACCGAUCGAAGCUUAUUCUUCGUUGAACAAGCAAAAUGGCGACUUUGGAACUUCGACGCCUGCUACUGUGGAUUAUUCGGGGAAUGACGAUCGUCAGUAUAGCGAAACGUCGACGAUCACCAGUGGGUAUACGAAUCAUCAGGAUGUUUCUUAUAUCCCACCGUCUGGCCAGGCAGGGUUCCUGUGGCCUAGUUUGUUGCUAAAUGCUCCAAGCACGAGGAAUGAAACAUUCGAGAACAACGCGUCCUUGGAUCCCCUUGCUCGGUGGCAUAAUACUUCGAAAGAAGCGAAGAAUCCUGAGCAGCAAGGCAGACCAGAUUCGAAGGAUUUCGUUCAGAGACCGCAAAACGUUAAACGAAAUAAACAAGUGCAAGUCAUCAUACCAUACACGUCGGAAUACACGCCGAUACCAUUUCAACAAUCAUACGGUGAUUGGAGCGUUAAAAACAAUCUCGAAAGAAGCCAACCAAGGAAAGUUCCACCGUCCCACGAUGCAAGCAUCGAUAAUUACGUUCAACAGGAGUCGAGGAACGAGAUUCGGUUAAUUAAUCACUUGCAAUCGCAAUUUAAUUUCAGCGAUUCGAAUAAAUCGAAUACGAAGCCGCCAUCGAUAGCAAAUGACAACGAUGCGAGACCUACUGCGACCAGAGCUAAUAAUUCUAUCGAUGUGCGCAGGUUGCAAAAGAACAUCGACAACUGGACCAUACAAGAAUAUUCCAAAUUUCCAACGUCCAGUACAGUCUUGCCCAGUUCAUCGCACCCAUACCUCUUGCCAUCAAAGAAAAUCCCAACGGAGUAUCUGACUACGACAGAACCUGGCUAUCAUAGAAACGAAUCGAACGAUAAGAGCGAAAGUGUCAAGUCGUAUUCCUUGGCUGGAUUCAGUUUCAACGAAGUCGAACACGAGGGUUCCGCUAGUAAUCACAUUGAAGAAACUCGAGUGCCCCUCAAAGUCGUUCGAAUAGAAAGCUCCAAGUCGACGAGCAGCAUCUCUGACAGCGUAAACAAGACAACAACGAACGGAUUGUCGACGUGGGACGGAUACACUGUGUCGAUAUCGCCUGUAAAUAAGGAACGAGUUUACGUGGUGACGCCCCAACCGGUGACAUUAACGUCAUCCAAGAGCAGACACGAGAAAUCGAAAGGGGAGGGGGAUCUUAAAAAUUCGCAUAAUACGAGCGAAACGUCCACGGAGGAUGCUGGGAAAAGCGAGGACGGUUUUAGCGAAUUCGAGGCCAUCGAGAAAGCUUAUCAGGUGCUCCCUCAGGCGGUGAAUAAUCUCGCCGUGGCGUCCACGGGGAAGGAAGACGUUCCUUUAUGGGGAAUCAUGGAACACGAAGCAUUUGCUGCGUUGAACGUGGACGACACUGGCGAGGAAUCGACUGGAGACGUCUUGGAUGGACCUGUCCUUUACUCUGGGCACUCGAAGGUUUCGCGAGCCAAACGAUGACAUGGGGAUACGUUUGAAACGCGGAGGCUCGGAAAAACGGUACUUCGUAAUUGUGAAUAAAUAAUUGACUGAUCACCUAAAUCAAACUACGAAUGAAAUGAUUUCAGUGUUCUAAAUGCAAGUUUAGAAGUUUACUAAGGCCAGUGAAUGUUUACGUAUGGUUAUACUAAAAAUAAGUCAACUAGCGAAUAAUAUGUAAAAUAAGUAGUUAACUUUGUAAAAAGGUGCGAAGGAUGCUGUCUUCGUAAUUAUUUCGUUUCCUUUCUUUUUUUCUGAAGAGGAAAACUGUAGUUAAUACGAAAUAUUAUAAACUAUUAUAUAGGAAAAUUCCUUUUUUGUUUACCUAAAUGCUAUUCAACUAUGUUAUCUUGUAAAUAUACGUUAAGGUUCCAUCCUUAUGACAAAUAAAAUUAAAUUAAGUGCAACUGUAAGUACUG